UGUUACAUCUGAUAACCACGUGGUUUCUUCCGUCUCCUAGUUACAGUAAAUGAGUAUAAAGUUUUUAAGUUUUAAAACUUAAAUGUCCUUUGUAUUUUAGUAACGAGUAAGCAGCAUCACGCUUAAACAUCGACGGCAGAAAGAACUGAUUGGGGAAACAGGAUGAAUAAAGAAACCAGGCUGAAAGCGUCAGUAAACCAGAAGCUGACAGAGAUGGGGGAAAGAGAGAGACUGAAGGAGCUGCUGAGAGCGAAGCUCACUGAGUGUGGGUGGAAGGACCAGAUGAAGGCCCAAUGCAGAGACGUCAUCAAAGAGAAGGGUUUGGAGCAUGUCACGGUGGAGGACCUCGUUCUAGAAAUCACUCCUAAAGGAAGAGCUUUGGUGCCAGACAGCGUCAAGAAAGAGCUCCUACAGAGAAUAAGAGCCUUCUUAGCUCAGCAUGGCUCAUAAGUGUUGGCCUUCUGCAUUCAAUCAGAGUUCUUAUCAGUACUGUUGUGAUACAGAAUUAAACUCUAUUUUUAAGCAAUUUGCUUAAAUCUUCAAUAAUACUUUUACCUCUCAUUUUCAGCAACCUACAGAAUUGACAUGGGUUGAGAUAUUUGUUCGCCUCUCUUCACUGCAGUUAAUAUUUUCAAAUACACUUAACAUCCUCAAGUGUUCAUCUUUUGCAUAUCAGAUAUGCUGAUUAAAUAAAGUUCUUGAUUUAUUAAACUGAAGUGGAAAAACAUUCAUUUUCUCAAUAUUAAAAUGAUGAUUAUGAAACAAAUGCCUGGUAUAGAGUAGGACCUUUCAUGCAGUGACACAUCUCUGACCCAACAGGACUUCUGUGGGUGGUUGCACAUCUGGAUCCUGUUGGUGGAGGGACAAACCCUGAAUAGUUUAGCCGUGUGUUUGGGAGAUCAGUCGUCCUGCUCAGGGCUGCGCUGCGGUUGAACAGUGCAGUUGUUACCGGGGCGAUGGGGCUCUACCUGGUUUGCAACAACAUCUGUGGGCGGCAUAAGUCUCAGAAACGUCCA